AUGACUAUUCACAGCACUGCCACCUCAGCGCCUGAUACCGGCUCCGGUGCGUGUUUUGCCGUGUCGCAUGAUGCGGAGCUGCCUGCCACGCUGGGCCAUGUCGACGGUGCUUCCCCAGUGCCUGGUGCUGGCACGUUUUUCGCUGUGACGUCCGACUCCGGUGCGGCGCUGCCAGGCCAUGUCACCAGAAAGCCUGACCCACCCAUCACCACAUCCACCACUCCUCCAGCACCUUCACGUGUGACUGACUGGGAAGCUGAACUUCGCUUCCGGUUUUCGGAGAGUCACCUGGCGCGUCUCGAACGGAGACAACUCAGUAAUCCAUACAAUGAGCAACAUGUGCAUGACCUCAAGCGUAGUGAUCUGGACUGGGAUGUUGUUCGCACACGCUUGGAUGAGGCAAAGGAGCAUCGGAAGCAGCGUGAUGUUGCAGAUGCUUGGCGUACACACAUCCUUGAGCAGAGGAAGGGGAAAACUUGGGAGCAGCGCCGUCAUCUUGACCAGGUACUCAAGGAGGGCACCUCCCAAAUUGAAGGACAUGAGAUGGCAGAAUGGGAGACGGGAGGACAGGAGACAGGAGGACAGGAGACAGGAGACAGGAGACAGGAGACAGGAGAACAGGAGACAGGAGACAGGGACAGGAGACAGGAGACAGGAGACAGGAGACAGGAGACAGGAGACAGGAGACAGGAGACAGGAGCAGGAGACAGGAGAUGGGAGAACGGAGAGCAAGAGAUUGGGAGAGUGAGAGAUUGGGAGAACAGGAGAGCAAGAGAUUGGGAGACGGGAGAACAGGAGAGCAAGAGAUCAGGAGAACAGGAGAGUGAGAGAUUGGGAGAACAGGAGAACAGGAGAACAGGAGAAUGA